AUGUCUUCACGAGACGACAGAAGAAGGCGAGACAGAAGCUGGGUACGCGACGAACGUGACAGGACAAGAGACAAAGAUAGAGGUGGAGGAAGGGAUAGGGACAGAGAAAAAGAGAGACCGCGACGGGGAUACGAUAGUGGUCGGAGAAGUAGAUCAAGGACCUCUCCACGUCGAACUCGUCGAAGCAGAUCUAGGAGCCCUAUACGGAAAGGUGGAGAGCGGGACCGUAGAGACUAUGGCCGUGACCGAUACGAUGACAGACGAGACAAAUAUCGAGAAAGAGAUAGGGAUAGGCUAGAAGAACACCGAGAACGUGAUAGGACACCUGAUGAUAAAGAACUUCGUCGAACUGGUGUGCACGACCGAAAGCGGUCCAUCGAGCGCAGUCCUCCACGUUCAGGGCCUGUUCAGCCGGCAGCAAAUAGCCGGAAUGACCGAAGGGUUGAUCUUGACCCAGAUGGCCGAGAAGAGGGAGAGGAAGAGGAGCCCAUGGACGCAGAAAAUGAUGACGACGCUGCUAUGAGAGUGUUGAUGGGUUUCGGCGGGUUUGACUCAACAAAGGGAAAACCUGUCACUGGUAAUGAAGAUGGUGCAGUGAACAUCAAAAAACAACGGACAUGGCGUCAAUACAUGAAUCGACGCGGAGGCUUCAACAGGCCUUUAGACAAAAUCAAAUAAUGAAUUAAUGCAUCUCGAAGGCAUACGGCUUCUCAACGUACUCCGCUUGUCUGUUUAUGCUUCUAUCCUGUAUAACGCACCUACUUUUAAUGCUUUAU